AUGGCUACCUCUCCAGAUUCACAGGGCCCCAUGGAGCCAGGCCGCAGCCCGAGUUCUUCGGUGUUGGAGAAUGCACAGCUUUGUAAGUUGUUCGUUGGGGGGCUCAACCCGAACACUGACGAAGUUGGCCUUCGGGGCCAUUUUGAGGCAUUCGGCAACCUCACAGACUGUAAAGUGGUGAUAAACCGCCAAACCAGCCGUUCCCGCUGCUUUGGCUUCAUCACUUUCUCCAGCGUGAAUGAAGCCGAUAGAGCCAUGGCCGCCUCGCCCCAUUCAGUGGACGGCAACCAAGUAGAAUUGAAGCGAGCAGUGGCCCGGGAGAAUGCUAGCAAGCCCGGGGCCUAUGCCCGAGUCAAGAAGAUAUUCGUGGGUGGCCUCAAAGAUGGUGUGGGCGAGAGCGACCUGGUGAGAUACUUCUCACAGUUUGGACCUGUGCAGAGGGCUGAGAUCGUCACCAACAGGAAGUCGGGCAAAAUGCGGGGCUUUGGCUUUGUCCACUUCGUUGACCAUGAUACUGCAGACAAGGCCGCCGUGGUCAAGUUCCACCCCAUCCAAGGCCACCAAGUGGAGGUCAAGAAGGCUUUGCCCAAAGAGAACCUGGAGCUGUUGAAACUCUACCUGGGGGGCAGCUAUACCUGGAAACCUUCCAACCGAGCUCGUGCAGGUCUGUCUUCCAAGCCCUGA